UAUCACCUGAUCACAUGCUAUUGCAGUGCUAGAGAUAGAUCCCUCUUAUUUCACUGUUGAACUAUUCACUCAGUGCUUGCCUCGUGGUCUGAUGUGACAAUAUGGCCGAGUCACUGGUAGCAGCUUUCACAGAUAAUCUCUUGACGUGUAGCAUCUGUCUGGGAGAGUAUGAGGAUCCCCGUGUGCUGCCUUGCUACCAUACAUUUUGCUAUGGUUGUGUAUGUGACCAUGCUACGCGAACUAUGACUCCUAACAGGACAUUUUUGUGUCCCAUUUGUAGACAAGAGAUAUCAUUUCCAAGAGAAGGACUUGUAAAACUGAAGAAAGAUUUCCGUAUUCACAAAGCAAAAGAACUUCUUAGUCAGCAACGGAAGCAUGAAGUCUCAUCCCCAAUUAAAGAAUCUGAUGUGCAUGGUGUAAACCAUGGCAAUUUACAAUUGAUGAUCAAAUGUGAGAAGCAUCCCACAAAUGAACUGAAAUACUAUUGUGAAGAUGAUGAUAGCACUGUGUGUGGUGACUGCGCAUUAAUAGAACACUACAGACAUGGUAUUGUACCUGUUAAAGAAGCUGCAAAUACCAAUCGAAAAAAGAUUAAAACUGUCCUUGUGAAAACUUUGCCAAAAUUGAACAUGUUUAAAGAAGCAGUUGCUAAGGAAACAGCCACUGAAUUAGAAGAAUCGCAAACCAUGGCAGCCUCCAUCAACAAAAUCCAAGAACAGGCUCAAUGUAUCCGAAGAUCGGUUGAUCAGAGGGAGCAAGAACUGAUAUCAGAGGUAAAUUCUGCUGGUGAUAUCAGAAAAAAGCAGAGGAAGGCAAACAUGGACAACCUUGAACUUCACCAUACUUCCUUGCAGAGUGCCUGCAAUUUUGCCCAGGAACUUAUCACAAAUGGUUCUGACUCUGAGAUCAUGCUUCAUACUAAGGCUCUGACACAGAGACUGACAGCAAUGGAGAAAACACCAGUCCCAACUCCAGACACACCAGCACAGAUAUCCUACAGCCCUGGUGAGAUAUCUGCUGCUGGACUGGAAGCCAUGUUAGGACAGGUGACAGUACAGUUACAACCUUCUACGCCAACUGGACUGGGGGCAAAUCUGCCAAUUAGAAGAUCAACACCACAUCCUCCUGUUUUCUUAGAGAAGGCAGAAUGUGUUCAUUCCUUCAGUUCUAAUCUGAAAUUUGAUGAAAAGGGCAUGUUCACAAGAGGGUUGGCCAUAGAUGAACUGCAUGUGUUUAUUGUACAUAACAACAGAACUAAGGUAUUCAUGUAUGAAGGGCAAUUCAAGUUUGAAAUAAAUCUAAACCAACCAUUUGAUGUGGCUGUGUCACAGACUGGUAACCUGUAUAUAACAUCAGAGGGUGACAAAUGUGUCAAAGUGUACUCCACCAGGGGUCAGCACCUGACAACCAUGGGUCAAGGUCAACUUGAGUGGCCACGUGGUAUCUCACUGAACAAACAAGGUCAUGUGACAGAUGUGAUGGUUUGUGACAAAGUAAAAAAAUCCAUCUACGUAUUCCAUGCAGACAGUGGACAUGAAAACAGCAGGAUAGUAGCACUGAGUCCACAAGGGCAGUUUAUCAGAUACAUUGUCACUAGGGAUGAUGGGUUGAGCCAUCCUGCAGCAUUAGCCAUCAACCCUGCUGGCCAGCUGGUGGUGGCAGAAGGGUUUGGUAAAGUUAAGACAUUUCAGUACUUACAAUAA